GUUAUCCCACAGAUACUUAAACUCUUACUCUUUGUUCUUUUCAGCAAAUUUACUUGAUAACAUGCUUUUGCGAAGCUCAGGAAAAUUAAAUGUGGGCACCAAGAAAGAGGAUGGUGAGAGUACAGCUCCCACCCCUCGUCCAAAGAUCUUGCGUUGCAAAUGCCACCACCAUUGUCCAGAAGACUCAGUCAACAAUAUUUGCAGCACAGAUGGAUAUUGUUUCACAAUGAUAGAAGAAGAUGAUUCUGGGAUGCCUGUGGUCACUUCUGGAUGUCUAGGACUAGAAGGCUCAGAUUUUCAGUGUCGGGACACCCCCAUUCCUCAUCAAAGAAGGUCAAUUGAGUGCUGCACAGAACGGAAUGAAUGCAAUAAAGACCUUCACCCUACCCUGCCUCCCCUGAAAACCAGAGAUUUUGUUGACGGACCUAUACACCACAAGGCCUUACUUAUAUCUGUAACCGUCUGUAGUUUGCUAUUGGUCCUUAUUAUUUUAUUCUGUUACUUCAGGUAUAAAAGACAAGAAACCAGACCUCGGUACAGCAUCGGGUUAGAGCAGGAUGAAACGUACAUUCCUCCUGGAGAAUCCCUGAGAGACUUAAUUGAGCAGUCUCAAAGCUCAGGAAGUGGAUCAGGCCUCCCUCUGCUGGUCCAAAGGACUAUAGCUAAGCAGAUUCAGAUGGUGAAACAGAUUGGAAAAGGUCGCUAUGGGGAAGUUUGGAUGGGAAAGUGGCGUGGCGAAAAGGUAGCUGUGAAAGUGUUCUUCACCACAGAGGAAGCCAGCUGGUUCCGAGAGACAGAAAUAUAUCAGACAGUGUUGAUGAGGCAUGAAAACAUUCUGGGGUUCAUUGCUGCAGAUAUCAAAGGGACAGGGUCCUGGACCCAGUUGUACCUAAUCACAGACUAUCAUGAAAACGGUUCCCUCUAUGAUUACCUGAAGUCCACCACCCUCGAUACAAAAUCGAUGCUGAAGUUAGCCUAUUCUUCCGUCAGUGGCCUGUGUCACUUACACACAGAAAUCUUUAGCACCCAAGGCAAACCGGCAAUCGCCCACCGAGACCUGAAAAGUAAGAACAUCCUGGUGAAGAAAAAUGGAACUUGUUGUAUAGCUGACCUGGGCCUGGCUGUUAAAUUUAUUAGUGAUACGAAUGAAGUUGACAUCCCACCCAACACCCGAGUUGGCACCAAACGCUACAUGCCUCCCGAAGUGUUGGAUGAGAGCUUAAAUAGAAAUCACUUUCAGUCUUACAUUAUGGCCGACAUGUACAGUUUUGGACUCAUCCUUUGGGAGGUUGCUAGGAGAUGUGUAUCAGGAGGUAUAGUGGAAGAAUACCAGCUUCCAUAUCAUGAUCUCGUGCCCAGCGACCCUUCUUAUGAGGACAUGCGAGAGAUUGUUUGCAUCAAAAAGCUCCGUCCCUCGUUCCCCAACCGGUGGAGCAGUGAUGAGUGUCUAAGGCAGAUGGGAAAACUCAUGAUGGAAUGCUGGGCUCACAAUCCUGCAUCAAGACUGACAGCCCUACGUGUUAAGAAGACACUAGCCAAAAUGUCAGAGUCCCAGGACAUUAAACUCUGAUGUGAGGAGAAGAAAUAAGCGUCUCUGGAGAAAGCCAGGAGAUAUUCUUCUGUUCGUGGGCAGAGCAGAAGAUGUUCCAGAAGUAUCCACAAUACAAGCCUUGAACAUCAUCCUGCUUCCCAGUGGGUUCAGCCUCACCUCUCAGGGAGCAGCCUGACAAAGAGAAGUUCCCAGAAACACGUUUUCAUCGUAUCUGUCUGUAGGAGGGAGAAAGUGCUUGGGUAACUCGUUCAAGAUACAUGAUGCAUGUUGCUUUCUAAGAAAGCCCCAUAUUUUGGUAUUGCCUUUUUUUUUUUCCCCCAAAAGAUGCUUUAAUUUUGCCAAAAUAGAACAAAU